AUGUGUCUGAAUGUGCAUCGUGGUAAACACAGUUUGACGUCUGCAGUGGAAGCUGAGCUGUGGAAUAUGCAUCGUGGUAAACAGCAGUGCAUGAAUUGUGGACUGCGCUGUGAAUUGUGGUCUGCGCAUGCAUCGGACUGUGCGAUACUUAGAGUUUGUUCCGGCUGGGGCGGUAUCCCGCCGGCGAGAGAUACCUGGUUGAGGGAAACUCCGCUAAUCGACGGUAUGUCGGCGCCGGAUCUCGCCAUCCAGCGAGGGUAG